AUGUCGAGUCACUACCGAAAUCUGUCUCCCAGCCGAGGCCGACACUCCAUGAUUGAUCCCAUGAGAGCGUCAACCGGCACGGUAGAACUAAACUCUUCCUACGACCCUUAUGAUGCGCCAAGGCGCUACGAUUAUGCCGACUACCCGUCUGAUACUGGAUAUGCCAGUGCUUUUGGGUACCGCUCAGGGCGACCAUCGAAACUCGAAGCCCACCAAAUAUCCUCCCAUCGAGUCCGUGAUCCGACUGCAUCCGCGAAAAAACGCACCGAAUACACAGUGCAGCCCCGCACCAGGCACAGAAGCAACACAUCGACGGCAGCGGACUAUGAGACACCAGUGCGUCUAGCUGUACCUUCCACAUCGCGUCAGCAUCUCUCGCCCGUGCACCACUCAAUCCAUCGCCGUACCCCGAGCCCUCUUCCCACAGAUUCUGGCCAUCAUAUAGUCCCUGCUUCCCCUCGGCAUCCCGCACAUCGCCGAAUCCACAGCACCGACUAUGCAAGCGACACGGGCCAUAUUGACCCACGGAAUGAUGGCAGACACAGGAUUGAUUACAGUGCGCAUCAACACCGUGUCCAUCCGCCACCUCGUUCACCACGCUAUCCAGCGUACGACGGGCUGAGGAAAGGCGACGACAUCGAUGACUUUGAUGCCUAUUCAUACACCAACGCCCGUGAGCAAUUCGACCGAGACUACCCUGUCAAGCCGCGCCAUCGGGGACCGAGAUACUCGCUCGAUCGGCCGCUCAGUAAUACUGGCGUGGAAGAGAACUCCCAGUGGACAGCGCGGAAAGACCGUCAUCAUGGCCCACCCCCGACAUCCUGGGGCCUUGACAAGCUCGGGCGUGAACGGCCGCGAAGCUCAACGCAUGGCAAGGAUGACCAUCGGGACCCGCACAGAUCGAAGGAUGGAUUCCACGAUCAAGCCCUGGUCGCCGUGCCUCAAGAAUCUGAUGGUGACUACCCUUCCCGACACGACGAGCGUCGCCGCCGCCGUGCCCACAGAGCGCGCCACGCGAACGAUCGGGAGCACCACUAUCCAGAAGACCACCAUCCCAAGCCACAUGACGGCGCGCUUGCUACUAUGGGACUUGGAACAGCGGCCUUGGGAGGCGGAUACUCCGACAUGUCGGACUACGAACACCACCGUCCGUCGCGACGAAAGCACAGACGCCCACACGGCGAGCAUGAGCACGAUGCCGUCCAGCCCCCAUCGCGGGAGCUGGUAGCAGCAGUUCCAGCCGAUGAAAGAACCAAGCAAGCCUACCUAGACCCCGCCGAGGCCCGUCGCCACGGUAGAUCGCGGCGACACUCCAGGCGGCGGACGCACAGCGAUGACGCCGACACGUCAGACGAAGACCUACGAAACUACAGACGUGAGCCCGCACGUCGCACACACAGUAGCACCGACACCGAAAGCGACCGCGACCGCGACCGCGACCGCGACCGCGACCGCAGUCGAGACCGCUCGCAUCACAGGCGAGACCGAGACCACUCGCGUGGAAACCGCUCUUCUCGCUCCCACCGCAUGCUGGAGAAUGGCCAUGCAAUUGAGCCGCGACGAUCGCCGCCGGUUGACAUGGCCAAAGAUGACCCCAGAAGACUUGUUGCCGUCGAUCCGCCUGCUCCAAAGGAGCCCGAGGGUCCUCCCAAAGGAAUCCUCAAGCCUCCGCGCCCGGCAUUCCCAGAGGAACCCAAUCCCGUGAGGGAGGGGGUCGCUCCCCUCAAAGACGCUCAUAAGCAGGGGAUCCCGCCGGGAGCUCGCUGGACGAAGAUCGACCGGCGGCUCGUGAAUCCGGAGUCAUUGGAAGCGGGCAAUGAACGGUUCGAGGAGCGGUCGGAUUAUGUGAUUGUGUUGAGAGUUCUGAGCAAGGAGGAGAUCCAGCUGUAUGCUGUGAAGACGCAGGAGAUCAGAGAUACCCGACACAAGGAACAGCUGCGCGAGAGACGCAAGUCCAGAGAUGAGACUCAACGCCACGGCCGCCGGGGCGAGGAGUCUUCCAGUGACGAUGAGGACGAGGGCGAGGAAGAGCCCUGGAAGCAGCUCGAAGCAGCCCCUGCACCACCCGCACAGAAGAUGUCCUUGCCGUCGCGCCCACGCGCGUCGACCAACUCAAUGCAUGAGGCUGAAAGGCCCAGGAUGAACAAUCCGUCUGCUGCGCCGGUAUAG